AUGGGCAAACCUCCGGCGGCCAUAUUCAUUGCGCGGCACGGCGCGCGUCUAGAUGCUGCCAACAAAGACUGGCACUUGACUUCUUCAACGCCCUAUGACCCACCCUUAUCGUAUGGCGGCUGGCUCCAGUCUCGCGCUCUUGGGUCACGAAUAAUCAGCGAGGUGCGUUCGUUGGAGGAUAAACUAGAUGGAUCGACGCACGAUGCCGAAGACUCCCACCGACAAGCCCGUCGCCCUCGAGAGCGAAAACAGAAGCCGAGAAUCAUCAUCCACACCUCCCCAUUCCUGCGCUGCGUGCAAACGGCCAUCGCUAUUAGCUCCGGUAUCAACCAAAAUUAUACCGACCUAGAAUCCCUACGUGAAUCGCGACUGCCGACGUCACCAAGCUCAAACAGCACUCCUGCUAUACCCGAGUCGGUACCCAGUCCCGCAUCAGGGACUCACUCUAAAAAUAACUCUCGGUCCGUUCUACGCGUCGACGCCUGUCUUGGGGAAUGGCUGAACCCCGAGUACUUCGAGAGUAUUAUUCCUCCCCCCAAGUCAGAGAGGAUGGUUGCGACCGCAAAGACAGAACUAUUGCGUCGUGAUGAGAGCAUCAUCCCAGCGGCCGACAAACAAACUCCUCCAACCGUACACCAUUUCCCUGGCGGCUGGAACGGUUCAAUUCCCAGCCAGGAGGAGGAGGAACCCAAAAACGAAACUGAGUCGACGCCCAUUCCCACCAAUCCGGGACAAAGGAAUCGUGCUGGUAGUUACGAUUCUUUGAAGGCAAUACACACUCCCUGGGGCCGACGAAUGUUGAGGGUCAACACAGAUAUCCCGGCCGUUCCUGACGCGGCGUACUCGCCACCUAUCCCAAGCUACGCGAUAUCGCCCUCGAACCCUAUUCCAGACGGCUACGUAACACACGCGCGUGAUGCUUGCGUCCUGGUUGACUAUCAGUGGGAUAGCAUGCGCGAACCGCAGAACUGGGGCAGCGGAGGUGAAUAUGGCGAUGAAUGGAGUACCAUGCUUACCCGCUUUGGCAACAGUAUUGAACGGAUGAUCUCAUGGUACCAAAACGACGACGCUUCCACAACACCCGCUCAUCGCCGGACCCGUUCGCAGUUGCAAUUCUUGGGACAGGAUGAAGUGGAGGAUUGUGCAGCCGAUACCAUUUUAAUAAUCGUGACUCAUGGAGCUGGUUGCAAUGCGCUGAUUGGUGCGCUAUCAGGACAGCCAGCGUUGGUGAACGUCGCCACAGCUUCUCUCACACUCGCUGUUCGUAAGGACUAUAUGGGACAGACAUUGCCGGUUCACGAGCAAGCAGAGAAAUAUGACUCGCACUACAAGACAUCUGGGCCAGAAGAUUAUAGCCUAGUCGAAGUUGCUUCAACAGAUCAUUUGCGACCCGGAACAAGUCCGAGUACCUCGAUCCGCUCUCCCACGGCGAGCAGAAUACCACCUCCCUCCAUUCCUUCAUAUCGGCAUCGUUCGACAAUCUCCUCAGGCCCCAUUCUACUAAGCCCGUCUCUAAGAGCAGGUGUGGCAAUCUGCCCCCUUUUACAUAUAUACGUGCCCAGCAUGACUUCCAUUGAAACCGAUGGCUCAUCUGUAACCUAUUCUUCUGAAAGAACUGGCGCCCCAGACCUCCGCCUUAUUCACUACAAUGACGUGUAUCACGUUGAGCCAGGUUCUGCCGAACCAGUAGGCGGCGCCCCGCGUUUCCAGACCAUCAUAAACCACUAUCGAUCACAUUCCAACUUUGACGGCCAGCCCGCACCCCUCACCUUCUUCUCCGGCGAUGCAUUCAAUCCCAGUCUCGAGAGUACCGUUACAAAAGGGAGGCAUAUGGUGCCUUUUCUCAACAAAGCAGGAACAGAUGUGGCUUGCGUGGGAAAUCAUGAUCUUGAUUUUGGCGUUGCGCAAUUCCGUCAUUUGCGCGACCAGUGCCAAUUCCCUUGGCUUUUGGCCAAUGUCUUAGAUCCAGCGCUGGGAGAAGGUGUGCCAAUUGCGAACUGCGAAAAAACAUGCAUGUUGACAACCUCCAAUGGAAUCAAAGUGGGAGUAAUCGGUCUGGGGGAACGCGAAUGGCUAGGAACGAUCAAUUCCCUUCCUCCUGAUCUUAUCUACAAGUCCGCGUCAAAAACCGCGAUCGAGCUGGUCCCCGGUUUACGAGAGCAAGGAGCUGAGAUAAUCGUUGCAGUUACGCACCAGCGAGAACCAAACGACUAUAAGCUAGCCCAGAACAUUCCCCAUGGGAUGAUAGAUAUUAUCUUAGGAGGGCAUGACCAUUUCUACGGCCAUGCAUUUCUGAAUGGCGUUCACGUCCUACGGUCAGGUACCGACUUCAAGCAGCUAAGUUACAUCGAGGCCUUCCGGAAAGUAGACGGCCCAGGUUGGGAUUUCAACAUUAUUCGACGGGACAUUAAACGAUCGAUCCCCGAAGAUCCCCCAAGUGUAGCUCUUGUCGCUAAGCUUACAUCCAGUCUAAAGGCUAAGUUAGAUAAGCCCGUUGGAUACACCGUCCGUCCGCUUGAUGGACGAUUCUCCACCGUGCGCUGCCGAGAGUCUAAUUUGGGAAAUUUUGCCUGCGAUCUGAUGCGCCUCUAUUAUCGCGCUGACUGUGCGUUAAUGGCGGGAGGUACUAUUCGUGGUGACCAAAUAUACCCUCCUGGAGUCCUCCGCCUGCGCGAUGUUCUGAACUGCUUUCCUUUCGAAGAUCCUGUCGUGCUACUACGUCUGAAGGGCAAGGCCCUUUUUGAUGCGCUAGAAAAUGGCGUAAGCCAACUUCCAGCCUUAGAAGGCCGCUUCACACAGGUUUCCAACAUUAGCUUCAGUUUCAACCCAUCGGCGCCUACCGGCUCUCGUAUCAACUGGGCUAAGGUAGGCGGCAAACCGAUUGAUUUCGAACAGAGCUAUACUCUAGCUACCAGAGGCUACAUGGCACGCGGGAAAGACGGCUUCGCCUCCCUUCUCGUUCAGUCCGAGGGCGGCGAGGUAGAAGAGAUCGUCGACGAAGAAAGCGGAACCCUCAUCAGCACAUUAAUACGACAGUACUUCCUAAGUCUAAAAGUCCUAGGUAAAUGGCAACACCAGGGGAAGAGCAUGACCCGGCAUUGGGCCGACGUGCAGAAGAACAUGCAGGACAGUGGCUUCCUAAAACCGCCCUCCGCCCUCCCAUCGCCAAAGGCAGAAAAGGUCCCUAGCCACUUACAACGCCCGUCUAUACAGCGCAAGCAGCACUACUACUACGGCCGCUUCGCCGAAGCCCACACACAAGCCGUAAGCGAGGGGGCAAAAGAGCCAGCGACGGACGAUUCAAUGGACUCAGAUUCCGACGAAGAUCCGGAUAUUCUUAUCUCUCCGCGGCCAAUAACCAACUAUGUCACCCUUCCCGCGCGGUCAGCGGAAGACGAGGAGUACCGACUACGGCUGGCUCGGUGGGCGACGCGCCGGUGGUUGCGCAAGGUAGGGAUCAGCUCGACUAUGGACCAGGAGAACCAGGACGAUUCAUAUACACCGACGUGGACGCCAGGAAUUUCGCCCCGGCUGGAGGGCAGGAUUGUCAUUGAGGAGAAGGCGUGA